AUGACGUGGAGAAGAAAUGGAAUCACCCUUGCGCAUGCGUUGCGUAGAGCCGCUGAUCAGUUUGUCAAAGAGGGACGUUCGAAUGCAGAUUCAGUUUUGAUCGUGUUUACUAAUGGUAAUCAAAUUGCAAGUGAGAUAGAGCUGUCUCAGGUUGGAGCUAUGUUACGUAAACAAGGUAUCACAGUUAGAGUUAUCACAACAGAUGGAAGCACAAAGAAUGUGUUAAGACCUUUGGUACCCAAAGAUUUUGAUGUUGUAGUGGUAAAUUUGACAGAUCCAGUCUCGAAUGUGGUGAUCACUACGAUAACUAACGGUUUGCUUGCAGAUGUUUGUGCUGCGACGUAUUGUCAACAUGGUGCUGACUGCAUUAGACAGUUUGAUGGAACAGCAAAAUGCGUUUGCAGGCAAUCUUGUUCAGAAAACUACCUUCCUCUAUGUGGGUCUAAUGGUAAAACUUAUAUUAAUGAAUGCACAAUGAAGAGGGAAUCUUGUCUUUGGAAACUGGAAAUAUCACUAAAACAUUCUGGCGUGUGCGUUCCCAGCAUUGGUACAAAUCUGGUCAUUGCUCUGGACGGUUCACAAAAUGUGAAACCAGAAGAUUUUGACAAAAUGAAGAACUCAAUUAAAAAUAUGCUUAAAAUAAUGAUAGUGUCUCAACAAGACAGCCGUGUCGGUGUGGUCGAAUACAGUGAUCGUGUUGACGUUGCUUUUCAUCUGAAUAAAUACAUAAGCAAAAAGGAUGUCGUUGCUGCCUUGAAUAAUAUCCAACCUUCCAUUGGUAAUGGACAAAACUUGAAUGAGGUCCUUAGAAUCGUCGCAGAAAUGUUCACAGUAAAGAAUGGUGCUCGACCUGGUCAACCAAAAGUCUUUAUUCUUUUCACAAGUGGUAAAUCUACUGGAACUGAACCAUUGCAACAGUUUGUGAAACAGCUUAAAUCUCUGGGAGUCACCAUCUUCGUUAUUGGUACAAGUUAUGACGUUGAUCGUGACGAGUUAUCGAGUAUUGCGCCUGGUAACAAAGAUGACGUAUUUGUGACAGAUGACUGCAAUGAUCUUUCACCACUGAUUUCGAAAAUCGCUCUGCGUAUUAGUAACCAUGUUAUUACAGUUCAACCAUCCAUGGAUGUUGUGUUUGCACUUGGAGCAUCAAGUCCCAUUGGGUCAUCUGUUUUGAAUCUGCAAAAAGAUAUCGUAGAAAGCAUUAUGAAUCUGGUGUCUUUAAUCAAUGUGAGAUAUGGAAUGCUGGAGUACGGAAAAUCUGCUAGGGUUGUAUUGGAUCUUGGUGGGAAUCGGAUACAAGUUCAAGGAGCGCUGCAAGGAAUUUCUUGGAAAAGUGAUGCUACUGGAUUGGAUGAAGUUUUACGAAAAGCUUCAGAAAUGUUUCAACAAAAUUCUACAAGAGGUUCACAUAAACGCCUGAUUCUGUUUGUCACCACUCAGUCUACUUCACUGGCUCAAAAUAUUCAAAAGGGCGUCGAUAGCUUAACUAAAGCUGGAAUUGAUAUUAUAGUGGUGUCUAUUGGCAACAAUGUUAAAAUUUCUGAACUAGAGACAAUAACUAAACGGGACAAGAUCCUGUUCGUUGAUCCCAGAGACUCUGCGAAAACCAUAAGUCCUGGUAUUACUGAACACGUUAUCCAAGAUCCAUGUAACAAUAUUGAAUGUUCUUUCUACGCAACAUGUGCCUUAACCUCAUCAAAUAUAGCCAUGUGUCAGUGCAAUUUGUCGUUGAGUAAUUCAUUUUCUAAGUUCUCUCAUAAAUUAUGUGGUAGUGAUGGAAAGGUGUAUGGCAGUAAGGAGGAGAUGAACUACGAAUCAUGUAGAAAACAAGAGAAAAUUGAUAUUCAGGAAUAUGAGAAAUGUGAACAAAGCCUGUAUAAUUACCCAUUGGAUUUGGCAUUUGCCAUCGACGGAUCAGAUAGCAUGACUUCAACAGACUUCAACUACGUUCGAGCGUUUAUUAAAUCUACCGUUGAUCGAUUCCCGAUAUCUGAAGACGAUGUUCGUGUCGCUUUAUUAGAAUAUAGUGAUAAUAUUGAUAUGAAAUUUGGUUUCUUGACUCACACCAACAAACCAGGGUUACUAAGAGCUAUUGAUGGAGUGAUGUUCUCUCGUGGAUCUGGGGUUUUGACUGAUCAUGUUCUUGCUGAAGCUAAUCAAUUAUUUUCACCCAUUACUGGGUCGCGUUCUAGAGUUCCUAAAGUUUUGGUUGUUAUAACUGAUGAUUCGUCUACUGGAGGGAGACCACUUAGUGUUGUUGCCAGUCCACUGUUAGAAGCAGGAGUGAAAGUUUAUGUCGUUGGAAUUGGGCCCAGAGUGAUUCCCGCAGAUUGGACAGAUGUUGUACAAAAUGAAAAUGGCGUGGUUGUUGUGAACACUUCGGAUCAUAUCAAUAUUGUUAAGGAUAACAUUGAGAGAAACAUCAGAGGAUAUGCUGAAUCUAAAAUUUUCCAGAGAAACGAAGUUAUUUUUGUUUUUGGAACUUCUGGUAAUUCUCAAGUAUUUGAGAGAUCUCGACAAGUCAUCAAGGAACUUAUUAAUCAAGAAAGCUUACCAAGUUUGAGUUAUGGAGUGGUCGUAUACGGUCAGAAAGCUUUGUCUGUCAUUGAUCUCAAUUUCAACUGGAAGAAGUCCAAGAUAACGGAUUUUAUCUCUAAGAUGGAUGAACCACGACCUGGCAUCAAGUUCAAACUAGGAAUUCAAAAAGCAUUGGAAAUGUUUAUUGAACAAGGAAAUCCUAAUGCGCAUCGAUUGAUCGUGUUAUUUACCCACAGUCCAACUGAUGCAACUUCCGCUGAAUUGCACGCAAUAAAAAUGAACUUUUGAAAGCUAACAUUCGAUUGGUUGUUGUUGAUACUGGUUCAUCUAGACGUCAGUUGCUUGAUGUUUCUCCAAACAAUCAAGAUAUUUAUAUUCUGUCACCAACAUUAAACGUGAACGUUG